CCCCUCCCGCCGGGUCAGCCCCGAAGAGUCGCCGGUGGCCGCGGCAGACGGAAGCAGAACGAGUGCCUCGGCGGCCGCAGGAUGGGGGACUCCAAAGUGAAAGUGGCGGUGCGGAUCCGACCCAUGAACCGGCGAGAGAUUGACUUGCAUACCAAAUGUGUGGUGGAUGUGGAUGCAAACAAGGUUAUUCUUAGUCCUGUAAAUACGAAUCUUUCCAAAGGAGAUGCCCGGGGCCAGACGAAGGUGUUUGCUUAUGAUCAUUGUUUUUGGUCUAUGGAUGAAUCUGUCAAAGAAAAGUAUGCAGGUCAAGAUAUUGUUUUCAAGUGCCUUGGGGAGAAUAUCCUGCAGAAUGCUUUUGAUGGCUACAAUGCAUGUAUCUUUGCCUAUGGACAGACUGGAUCUGGAAAAUCUUACACCAUGAUGGGCACAGCUGACCAACCUGGAUUAAUCCCAAGACUUUGCAGUGGACUCUUUGAACGAACUCAGAAAGAGGAAAAUGAAGAACAGAGUUUUAAAGUAGAAGUGUCCUACAUGGAAAUUUAUAAUGAAAAAGUUCGAGACCUCCUUGAUCCCAAAGGAAGCCGUCAGACGUUGAAAGUCAGAGAGCAUAGUGUGUUGGGGCCUUAUGUCGAUGGACUUUCUAAACUGGCUGUCACAAGCUACAAGGAUAUCGAGUCGUUGAUGUCUGAGGGUAACAAAUCUCGCACAGUUGCUGCAACCAACAUGAACGAGGAGAGUAGCCGAUCCCAUGCAGUUUUCAAAAUCACCCUCACACAUACUCUCUACGAUGUGAAGUCUGGGACAUCUGGAGAGAAAGUGGGCAAACUGAGCCUGGUGGAUUUAGCUGGCAGUGAACGAGCAACGAAGACGGGCGCUGCAGGGGACAGGCUGAAGGAAGGGAGCAACAUUAACAAGUCCCUCACAACCCUCGGUCUGGUUAUCUCAGCUCUUGCAGAUCAGAGUGCUGGCAAAAACAAGAAUAAAUUUGUUCCAUAUCGUGACUCAGUUCUCACUUGGCUGCUCAAAGACAGCCUUGGGGGUAACAGCAAGACUGCCAUGGUGGCUACUGUGAGUCCUGCAGCUGAUAACUAUGAUGAAACCCUCUCAACUCUGCGGUAUGCAGAUCGAGCCAAGCACAUUGUUAACCACGCUGUGGUGAACGAGGACCCUAAUGCCCGAAUUAUCCGGGAUCUCCGGGAAGAAGUUGAGAAACUCCGGGAGCAGCUGACCAAAGCAGAGGCAAUGAAAUCUCCAGAGCUAAAGGACCGGCUGGAAGAAUCUGAGAAGCUAAUCCAGGAAAUGACUGUGACCUGGGAGGAGAAAUUAAGGAAAACGGAGGAGAUUGCACAGGAACGACAGAAACAGCUUGAGAGUCUUGGAAUAUCUCUUCAGUCUUCGGGAAUCAAAGUUGGGGAUGAUAAAUGCUUCCUGGUGAAUCUGAAUGCUGACCCAGCUCUGAAUGAGCUUCUGGUCUACUACUUAAAGGAACAUACAUUGAUAGGGUCAGCAGAUUCCCAAGAUAUCCAACUGUGCGGCAUGGGAAUUCUUCCUGAACACUGCAUUAUAGACAUCACAUCAGAAGGCCAGGUCAUGCUGACUCCUCAGAAGAACACCAGAACAUUUGUGAAUGGGUCAUCUGUCUCCAGUCCAAUACAGUUACACCAUGGGGACAGGAUAUUAUGGGGAAACAACCAUUUCUUCAGACUCAAUUUGCCUAAAAAGAAAAAGAAAGCAGAACGAGAGAAUGAGGACCAUGAUCCCUCCAUGAAGAAUGAAAACAGUUCUGAGCAGCUGGAUGUAGACGGAGACUCCUCCAGCGAGGUGUCCAGUGAAAUUAACUUUAAUUACGAAUAUGCACAGAUGGAGGUCACCAUGAAGGCCCUGGGCAGCAAUGAUCCAAUGCAGUCCAUAUUAAACAGCCUAGAACAACAGCAUGAAGAAGAAAAACGAUCCGCACUGGAGCGCCAGAGGCUUAUGUAUGAGCACGAAUUGGAGCAGCUCCGGAGAAGGCUGUCUCCUGAGAAGCAGAACUGCCGGAGCAUGGACAGGUUUUCUUUCCACUCGCCCAGCGCUCAGCAGCGCUUGAGACAGUGGGCUGAGGAGAGAGAAGCAACGUUGAAUAACAGCCUGAUGAGGCUGAGGGAACAAAUUGUUAAGGCCAAUCUAUUGGUGAGAGAAGCUAAUUACAUUGCUGAGGAGCUGGAUAAAAGAACAGAAUACAAAGUUACCCUACAGAUUCCAGCCUCCAGCCUGGAUGCCAACAGGAAGCGAGGCUCUCUUCUUAGUGAGCCUGCAAUCCAGGUGAGAAGAAAAGGAAAAGGGAAGCAGAUUUGGUCUUUGGAAAAACUGGACAACAGGUUGUUGGAUAUGAGAGACCUUUAUCAGGAGUGGAAAGAGUGUGAAGAAGAUAACCCAGUCAUACGAUCAUACUUCAAACGUGCUGAUCCAUUCUAUGAUGAGCAGGAAAAUCACAGUCUGAUUGGGGUGGCCAAUGUCUUCCUCGAGUCCCUUUUCUAUGAUGUGAAGUUACAAUACGCUGUCCCCAUCAUCAACCAGAAAGGAGAGGUGGCAGGCCGGCUGCAUGUGGAGGUGAUGCGCAUCAGUGGUGAUGUCGGGGAAAGGAUCGCGGGAGGGGACGAGGCAACAGAGGUCUCCUUUGAGAAGGAGACCCAGGAGAACAAACUGGUGUGCAUGGUUAAAAUCCUCCAAGCUACUGGGUUGCCACAGCAUCUGUCCCACUUUGUGUUCUGCAAAUACAGCUUCUGGGAUCAACAGGAGCCGGUGAUUGUCGCUCCUGAAGUGGACACCUCCUCAUCUUCCGUCAGCAAGGAGCCGCACUGCAUGGUUGUCUUUGAUCAUUGCAAUGAGUUUUCUGUUAACAUCACUGAAGACUUUAUCGAGCAUCUUUCCGAAGGAGCAUUGGCAAUCGAAGUAUAUGGACAUAAGAUAAAUGAUCCCCGGAAAAACCCUGCCCUGUGGGAUUUGGGAAUCAUCCAAGCAAAGACACGUAGUCUUCGGGACAGAUGGAGUGAAGUGACCAGGAAAUUGGAAUUCUGGGUUCAAAUCUUGGAACAGAAUGAGAAUGGUGAAUACUGCCCUGUAGAAGUGAUUUCUGCUAAGGAUGUCCCAACAGGAGGAAUCUUCCAGCUUCGGCAGGGGCAGUCCCGGAGAGUUCAAGUCGAAGUGAAGUCAGUGCAGGAAUCUGGGACUUUACCACUGAUGGAAGAAUGUAUAUUGUCUGUUGGCAUUGGAUGUGUCAAAAUUAGACCGCUCAGAACCCCCAGAAUGCAUGAGAUCUUCCAUGAGGAAGAGGAAGACAUGGACAGCUACCAGGAUCGAGAUUUAGAGAGACUUCGUAGAAAAUGGCUAAAUGCAUUAACAAAACGUCAGGAGUACUUGGAUCAACAAUUGCAAAAGCUUGUCAGUAAACGUGAUAAAACAGAGGAUGAUGCUGACCGCGAAGCGCAGCUUCUGGAGAUGCGGCUGACCUUAACUGAGGAGAGGAACGCGGUGAUGGUCCCCUCUGCUGGCAGUGGUAUUCCAGGGGCCCCAGCAGAAUGGACCCCAGUGCCUGGGAUGGAGACACACAUUCCUGUUAUAUUCCUGGACUUAAACGCUGAUGAUUUCAGCUCUCAGGAUAAUCUUGAUGACCCAGAAGCUGGUGGAUGGGAUGCGACCUUGACUGGGGAAGAAGAAGAGGAGUUCUUUGAACUGCAGAUUGUGAAACAGCAUGAUGGGGAGGCGAAAGCAGAAGCCUCCUGGGACUCCGCGGUGCACGGCUGCCCUCAGCUCAGCAAAGGCACGCCCACGGACGAGCGGUUGUUUCUGAUCGUGCGCGUGACGGUCCAGCUCAGCCACCCGGCUGACAUGCAACUGGUGUUACGCAAGAGAAUCUGUGUCAAUGUUCAUGGCCGGCAGGGUUUUGCACAGAGUCUCCUAAAAAAGAUGUCUCAUCGAAGUUCUAUUCCUGGCUGUGGAGUGACUUUUGAAAUUGUCUCCAAUAUUCCAGAGGAUGCCCAGGGAGUGGAGGAACGGGAAGCAUUAGCAAGAAUGGCAGCCAAUGUUGAAAAUCCAGCUUCUGCUGACUCGGAGGCUUAUAUUGAAAAGUACCUCAGGAGCGUGCUGGCUGUAGAAAACCUCCUGACUUUAGAUCGUCUGCGCCAGGAAGUUGCAGUGAAGGAACAGUUAACAGGAAAAGGGAAGUUGAGCAGGAGGAGUAUCAGUUCUCCAAAUGUGAACAGAGUGAGUGUGUGGAACCAAGCUCUGUGCUGUGCCUGGGACUUCUCUCCUCUCCUCUUUUCUUGGUUGUCUGGAAGCCGACAAGAUCUCAUUCCAUCAUACAGUCUAGGCAGCAACAAGGGCCGGUGGGAAAGUCAGCAGGAUGUAUCCCAAACCACAGUUUCCAGAGGAAUAGCUCCUGCUCCUGCGCUCUCUGUUUCUCCCCAAAAUAAUCAUUCUCCAGAUCCAGGACUAAGUAACCUCGCAGCAUCCUACUUGAAUCCUGUCAAAUCCUUCGUGCCACAGAUGCCAAAGCUCCUCAAGUCUCUCUUUCCUGUCCGCGAUGAGAAGAGGGGCAAGCGGCCAUCUCCGCUCGCACACCAGCCCGUGCCCCGCAUCAUGGUGCAGGCAGCCGGCCCGGACGUCAGGGUGACCAGGAUGGAGGAGGCUCAGCCAGAGAUGGGCGCUGACGUGCUGGUGCAGACGAUGGGGGCCCCAGUCUUGAAGAUCUGCGACAAACCCGCCAAAGUGCCUUCCCCACCGCCUGUCAUAGCUGUCACAGCGGUCACUCCGGCCCCGGAGGCACAGGACGGGCCCCCCAGCCCCCUGAGUGAAGCCUCUAGCGGCUACUUCUCCCACAGCGUCUCCACCGCGACCCUGUCGGACGCCCUGGGCCCAGGCCUGGACGCUGCGGCCCCGCCCGGUUCCAUGCCCACCGCCCCUGAGGCCGAGCCCCAGGCGCCCAUCGGCCGCCCCCCGCCGCCCACGGCCGCCUCUGCCGAGGAGCCCCCUGGCCCCCAGCAGCUCGUGAGCCCCGGCCAGGAGCGCCCGGACCUCGAGGCCCCGGCGCCCGGCUCCCCCUUCCGCAUCCGGAGGGUGCGGGCCUCGGAGCUGCGCUCCUUCUCGCGCAUGCUGGCCGGGGACCCCGGCUGCUCCCCAGGGGCUGAGGGGGACGCGUCGGCCACGGGCGCUGGGGGGCAGGCCCUGGCCUCUGAUUCCGAGGAAGCUGAGGAGGUCCCAGAGUGGCUCCGAGAGGGCGAGUUCGUCACCGUGGGCGCCCACAAAACAGGCGUGGUGAGAUACGUGGGGCCCGCUGACUUCCAGGAGGGCACGUGGGUCGGCGUGGAGCUCGACCUGCCCUCAGAGCAUCUCUGCUUUGCGCUUGGAGGAGGCUCUUCCCCACCCCAUGCGGACACAUCUCGCUGGCCUCUGACUCGCCGUCAUUUGGCAGUUUUGCCAGUUUCCACUUCAUAGAUUCAGCAAAAGAACCAUUCUCCCGCCACCCAGCCCAGGCCUGGGUCCAGAUGGAGAAGGGUCUGUUCCCCCACGGGUCGGACCAGCUGUGCCUUAGUGGCUGACCUGUACCUGCGUUUCCGCAAGGCACUCCCCAGGGCCUGUCACCUCCUACCUGAAGCUGCAGGAUGGGCUGUGCAUCCUUGGUCACCACUGCUCACUGUCGUGGGAGGCGGUCACUCCGUGCCCUGGCCACAUUCACUUAGCCAGUCCCUGCCAGACAAUGGCCAGUGUCUGAGUGCUGACUGUGCAGGGCCUGUGCCAGGGGGGUGGCAGUGUGGGCACAUGGCCUCUGCAGAGGUGAGGGAGGUGUAGGGGGGAGUCUGCAGCUGGGCUGCCCUCCAUGUCACCCUCUCCUUCCCCCACAGGUAAGAAUGACGGUUCCAUCGGCGGGAAGCAGUACUUCAGGUGUAACCCCGGCUACGGGCUGCUGGUCAGGCCCAACCGGGUCCGCAGAGCCACGGGCCCCGUGCGGCGGCGCAGCACAGGGCUCCGGCUGGGUGUCUCAGAGGCCCGCCGGAGCGCCACUCUCUCAGGCUCCGCCACCAACCUGGCCUCACUGACAGCUGCCCUGGCCAACGCCGACAGGAGCCACAAGAACCCUGAGAACCGGAAAUCCUGGGCCAACUGAGCCGCUGCCUCAGGGCGAACUCUUCUUGGGGUGCCCAGCCCCUUUUGAGCCCUGCCAGUGACAGCCCUGGGGAGCCAGGAGCCUGGUGGCCUCUUCCCCAGGGGCGGGGCAAUGAAUGCUUUUUGCACGACACAGAGCUGGUGACCUCCCUGGGCCUCUGGAAGCUUUGUUUCUUCUCUACCUGGGGAAAGUGGGGGCCUCAGCUAUACCUCCUCAAGUAGGAUGGAAGGUUCUGGGUGCCCGCAGGGGCUGGGGGAUGCUAGGACUGAGGCCCUGGGUGGUGCAGCACCUGGCCAUCUUGCUGUGUGCCUGUGCCUGGGGCCUUAUGUUGCUCUUUCUAUCAUUUCCAUUCUGGUGGCCCCACUAAUGUCUUAACCUAAACCAUAGUUGUAACCAGUGCCUUUCCUCCCCACUGGAGGGCAAGCCCCCCCCGCCACCCAGGAUGUCCUGGCUCACUCCUCAAGCCCCCCAGCCUCCCACCCUGGUCCCAGGUUCCUGCAAGUGCCUCUGGGGACCCCCCAGCCUCCCACCCUGGUCCCAGGUUCCACAAGUGCCUCUGGAGGGCCCUGGGCUCUGGCAGAUGGCCCUGGUGCCCCAGGCGGGGGCCGAGGGCCUGAGCCCCCCAUCCCUCCUCUGCCAGGGUUUCUUAGUUCUUUCUUUGUGGGUGUUUUGGCAUCUUUACACCUGGAAAGUCUCUUAUGUUUGCCGUUUAUUCCCUUCACAGAAGGCUUGGAAUGUAUUUAUUUAUAUUUAUUUUUUCAAAAUCCGAAAUCAUUUGCGAGCCGCAAUCGUCGUCUGCCUGUGUAUGGGGGCCCAGGGCCUGCCUUGCACGUUGCGGCCUCUCUGGCCAUUGCAGAGCUGCUGGCCUCCUGCCUGGGUGGAGGGUCCUGGGGGCAGCAGAGGAUAAAGCCCCCUCCUCACGUCACUCUAUUGCGGAUCCACAGUGGCCUUACUCUUAACUUGGAUGAAAGCAAAAACCUGGGAGAAUGAUGUGCUUCUGUAGUCGGUGACAAAGGAAGAGGCAUUGCUACUUUAUUUGGUGCACUUUUGGUUUCUAGGAAGGUCUUUGGAUCAUUUUAACUUCUUGGCAACUCCCAGACCCUGAGAGUGUAGGGCUGGGACUUGGCGGCUGGGCGGGUACAGGGAGUGUGCCUGGUUUGUCUCCGGACCCUGGCAGCAGCUGCGCCCCCAGGCCCACUGUGCAUGGUGCGGGCGACACAGCCGGAAGCUUCCAGGGUGGCCUCCACCUCCUUGCUGGGGCACUUCUGCUCCUGGAGCCUUUGGUGGCAGGUUUGUGGGGUGGCGGUUAGUGUCUGUGUGUGGAAGGCCACCAAUCUAGGGACAGGAGCCCUGGGUCAGGAUUCAUACAGCCACUCUUGGAGCUGGUUUCUAGUUCUCAUGUUUAGACAACACCUAGAAAGCGCUGUGGAAGACUCGUUCUCCAGGGUCUUGAAGCCUCCAACGGAGUGGCCUCCAUGGUGGGCCUGUCCCAGCCCUGGCUGCGAGGACAGGUUGUCUUUUUCUCCCCAGUUGCUGUGAGGGACACGAAGGCCGAGGCCCCUGCGGGGAGGCACUCCCUGCAGGGCUCUCCCUGUUCUUAGCCAGAGUUUCGAGGGAACCCUGUGGCACCUGUCCCUGGAUGAAGAGCUGUCACCUCUGCCUUGCCCUUUAACUCAACCCGCUUCCCAGCACAGCAGCUUUCUUUUUAAAACCCGUUUCACUGAGAAGUUGAUUUCUGGGUCUGCUGGUGUCACUGUGGCCUGGGUGAGAGGCCGGCACUGCUGCUGCCCUGAGGGGGAGCCCCUGGGCCGUGUAGUGGGGACGCUCUGGGAAUGGCGGUUGGGCAGUGUGGGUGGGACCUGGAACUUCGUGGUGGCUGAGCCAUCCACCCAGCAGUGGCCUCCUGUGGCACCGUCUCGGGAAAGUCCUGGGGGACGGGUGUGCCGUGCUUUUUGCCAUCGGUUUGACUCACAGUGGAGUAGAACGAGCCAGAGUUCCUGAUUGGAUCAGGUGGACUUGGGCCCAGGCUCUGUUCACUCUUGCUUCUCGGUGCAGACUAAUGUCAGCUUGUGGCUGGGAAAGAGGGACGUGCAGCGCCGUGGUCGCUAAGGCAUUGAGCCCCGCCAACCCGGGCCAGCGAUGGCAGGAGGUGUGGUCUCGAGAGUGGCGGGCCAGGACGGGGUGGCCUCCGUCUUCUAGUCUGCACUUCUUGCCUCCCUGACCAGCAGACUCUCCUCCCAAGAAUGCCUGCCCGCCUACCCGCCUUAGGACUCCUGAAGCGCUCCUGGAAGGCCCCAGGAGUGGCACCUUAGUGCGGGUUGGCCCGCAGAUGGCACCCGAGGUCGGGAAGGGCAGUAACCGCACACACGGUGCUGUCAGAGAUGGGGAUGGGAGAUGCUUCUGGGGGCUCUGCCUCCCCACUGCGUGCCUAGAACGUCCCUGGCCCUGCCCCGCCACUUCCCUUGGGCCCUUGUGAAGGACGGAGGCUCCAGGGUGAGAAGGCUCACUUCUGCCCAGGGCCCUGUGUCCGGCAGCAGAGGGGACGGGGGCAGGCGUGUGACUGGAGUCCCGGGUGCUCAGGCCUGACCAGAGGGAGUGGGAGGGCGGAGCUGAGGAGGGGAAGGUGUUUCUGGUCCCACCAAGGUGGGCCUUGUGUGUUCAAUAAGAGAACGGAGCUGGGACGGUGACCGGUGGAGGUGUUCAGAUCCCCCCGUUACUUCCUAGCAUUUUCUCCUCUUGCCUCAAAAGUUCCCUGUAUGUGAAACAGGAAGUCCUGAGUGUGUGUGUGUGGCUGUGUGCACGCACACAAGACGGGAGUGACCCUGUGCUUCCUGCCCAAGAUACUGACCCAUUGAACCCCAAAGCAUCUUUCUCCGCAGAGUCCACGGUGCCUUCCUGGUGGGCUGCUGAUACUAAUGGUGUUGGGGGGUCUUAGAACAGCUUCUCUAUGUGUGGAUUCGUGUAAAUGCGAGGAGUUCACAUAUAAAGAAGUGACUUUGAUUUUGGGAUUAUAUUGAUUUGGUACACAGUAAAUGGGAGUUUAAAAAAUCCAAAGACUGUAAUGACUUGUAAAGACUCUAAUGAUUUGUAUCAUGUAAUGAACUAAACCACCUGUAAUUUUGUACAAUAUAUGUCUUUCCAUCAAAUGACCAACAGCUUCUCAAUAAAACCAGAUGAUUUCUCACCUGCA